GAAGCGGAAGGGGCGGGCGGCGGCGGCGCGUGGCGCUGUGUGUGCCGGUGGCGGGGACGGUUGGGCGGCGGGAGCGCUCGGUUGAGCCUGGUUCGGUUCGGUCCGGUCGGGUCGGGUCCUGCCCCGCGAUCCCUCGGCCCGGGGACAUGGCGGAGGCGGGCGGCGAUGCGGGGUCACUGGGUCCGGGUGCAGCCGCGGCUGGGGAGUGCGCAGAGCUGGCGGCCGUUAUCGGCGCCACCGUGCCCACUGGGUUCGAGGUGAUGGCGGCCGAGGAGGUGCAGGAGAAGCUGGGCUCGGCCUCCCGCAUCAGCAGGGACCGCGGGAAGAUCUACUUCGAGGUCCCGGCCCGGGGCCUGCCGCAGGUCCAUCGCCUAAGGUCAGUGGAUAACUUGUUUGUUGUUGUUCAGGAGUUCAAAGACUAUCAAUUUAAAGAAACCAAGGAAGAUGCUCUAAAGGAUUUGGAAGAUUUGGUUAAAAAGCUGCCCUGGACUGAUCCAUUAAAAAUUUGGGAGCUGAACAACAGCUUAAAAAAGAAAAAGACAAAACGCAAAAAACACAAUCCGCAGAGUACUGCAGGCAAAGAGAAGCUGAAUAACGAUGGAGAAGAGAAAGGAGCAGAUCAAAAAGAUGCCAAGAAAGAGGAGGACUCUGCCCAAGACACUGCAGGUGUAGAACCCGCUGAUGGUCAGGAUACAGAAAAGACGCCAGAAGUGGCAUCCCAAAACGAGGAGGAGGAGGAGGAUAACAAUGAACAAUCAGAUGCUAAAGAUGAAUUGCAGGCGGGUGCUGGGACUGAGACCAAGGCUCCUGACGGCAGGGCAAGCGACAGAGAGGCGAAGGUGUUGAAGUUCCGUGUGACAUGCAAUAGAGCGGGAGACAAACACAGUUUCACCUCAAAUGAGGCUGCAAGAGAUUUCGGUGGAGCCGUGCAGGAGCACUUCCAGUGGAAAGCUGACAUGACUAACUUUGAUGUGGAGGUUCUUCUGAAUAUUCACAAUAAUGAAGUAGUUGUGGGUAUUGCAUUAACGGAAGAGAGUCUUCACAGACGGAAUAUUACACAUUUUGGACCCACAACUCUGCGUUCAACUCUCGCUUAUGGCAUGCUUAGGCUCUGUGAUCCACAGCCGACAGAUAUCAUAGUUGAUCCCAUGUGUGGUACAGGUGCAAUACCAAUAGAGGGAGCUACAGAAUGGCCUAGCUGCUACCACAUCGCUGGUGAUAACAACCCCCAAGCUGUAAAGAGAGCAGCAAACAACAUCUGUUCUUUACUGAAGAAAAAUGAGAAUAAGGAAAGCACUGCUUCCCCGGGCAUACCUUUAGACAUCAUUCAGUGGGAUAUUUGCAAUCUCCCUUUGCGGACUGGAUCUGUGGACAUCAUUGUGUCAGACAUGCCAUUUGGAAAGAGAAUCGGGUCCAAGAAGAAGAACUGGGAUCUGUAUCCAGCAUGCCUGUUGGAGAUGGGCAGGAUCUGCACACCAGGGACAGGCAGGGCUGUGCUGCUUACACAGGACAAGAAAUGCUUUGCCAAGGCCUUGUCACGACUGGGCCACAUCUGGCGCAGAGCUCAGACUGUGUGGGUGAACGUCGGGGGCCUUCACGCCGCAGUGUACCUCCUGAGGCGCACCUGGGAAAGAGCAGAAGAAAAACGAUCAUUCUGGUAACCUGCACAGAAGAAGACAACAGACAUCUCCAGAACUUGUUGAAUGGCACUCUGGCAAAGCAGACAUCCAAGAGCAUAGACCUGUCAUUUCCUAAAUAAAAACCCAAACAACCGGUGUAAAAUUGCGUAACACAAAUACUAAACCAGGGAUCAACUUAAGAGCUACUGCUUGUACUAUGUUCUGAAACCUUGUUAUUUAAAUCACCUCUUUCCUCCCCACCACCCAAAAGUGGUGAAAGUCUGUAGUUGAAUUAGUAAUGCUUUCCUUUGCCUGAGUCUUCUCUACCAUGUUCAGUGUAGUUCUUAGUUCAAUGUUUAUUUCCUCUGCUUAUAGUAGAAACCACGUUGAGGCAGCUUUGGAGGUAACAGUUAAUUUAUUUCCCAAACUGUAGAAAUCAUAUGUAUCUUAAAAUGACUAACAAGACUACUCUGGCUGCCACCUUGAAGGGUUUAGAGUUAGUGUCUCUUUAAUGUAGGCUUUUUCCAGAUUGAAGUUUCGUAGUUAAUACCGUUGCCCAAAUGUACACUUAAGAUAAUAAACCACUGUCUGUUUCGUUACAGCCUGAUAAGCAGAUGCCAGUUAGCAAACAGGAUGCCUAUGCUACUGUUUUUCUUGCCUGUUACCUCAACUAAGUGCUAUUAGUGAACAUCUCGUCCAUCUUAAUGUACCACUGCUGUCGGUGAGGGGACACACACAGCCUUAGCAAACUAAGUGGAGAACAGAGAUACUUUCAGCAGUUCUAUUAGUGUUUUCAGUGUCUUCUGUAGGCACAUCAAGUUGGCAAUACAUUUAAAUCUGAGGUGAUUUAACUGCCAUAGUUACGCCACAAUAUUACCUGUUGAAUAAGUUAAAGUUCCAACUUUUUCCUUCUGUAACUGUACUGUGAUUUCUCAAGCCUCCUGGCUGAGCACACCAGUUUGCCAUUAAACCGUUCAUGCUCAUUGUGUGCGUUCAGAGGCGAAUUAACAACUAGUAAAGUUUUGCAAGUUUUCCAUAGGA